AUGCUGUCCAGACCUUCAGCAUCGAGCGCCAGCUGUCCUCAUACGAGGCAGCUUCUGCGAUCCCGGGUUUCUCGCCCUGCGAGUGCGCGACAGGCUCGCGGACUUACCGGCUACACCGCGACACAACAGAAACGAAACAAAACCCAACAAAGCCCCUAUACCGUCGUUUCUCAAUCCUCUCCCCACAAAAUCUAUUUCCUGAGGCCCACGGUGCCACAAUGGGCCCCCGGACAAAGAGCAGUGUCCACCGCAGCGACCUCCGCCGAAGCACCGCAGCCCAGCGAAGCGGAACGUAUCAACGCCUUGAUCGAGCGCAUCAAUGCAAACGACGACGACAUGGCCAGUUUGAUGCACGAGUUAGACAUGAUGGGGGAUCCAGAAGACAUGGAGGGCCUGCGGGAACUAGUUGAGUUCAUUAGCCAGCGAGACCAGCACACCCCAGAGUCCUGGGUCCACCUAGUCCGACAGUCAUUCGGAGAGACAAUCCCGGAGGGUGUCCUGGGGGAAUCUGAAAUGAAACUUUACAUAACUCUCUAUGGUGAACCGAUCAUCCAGGAGAUCUUCGAAGAAUCCAUGGCGGAGGAAGAGGCGCAGGAAUCUGACCAAUUAUUGCGCGAAAACGAAGAAGGGAACUGGGAAGAAAUCAGAUUUGAGGAAGAGGCGGGGGUUGAAGAGGAUGUGCCAGUUGUGUAUGAUAUGGAGGCUGCCCCUGAGGAAGAGGAAACAAUCGCCAUGCGCCGGACUCGCGAAGUGGCCGAGCAGCUGGGCGGAGAGAUCAUGCUGGAGCAGUUUGAGAACGAGGCCGUCCCGGACGCUGCUCCACGAGCCCAUCCGUUGACAAUGGAAGGCAAGUUCCAGACGGAUCCCAGCACGAUCAAUCUGCCGAAAAGCACUGUCACCGGUCCCAUCUCGAUAAUUUUGUCUGAGUUCUCCAACAAGCAUAUCGCUGAAACCGCUCGUCGCUUGUUCGGUGGACCUGGUUUGCCUCAUUCCACCACAACUGCUCCUCCGCGAGCGCAGCUCCCACAGCUUGCGAUCCCGAUCAAUGCAUCCCAGAACUUUAUGGGGGAGAUGGAGGCCAAUGCUUUCCUGGCAGCCUUGUACCCCGGAAUCUACGCCUCAACCCUCAGCGUCCUGGUUGAAAUUCGCAAACGUAUGGGAACUGAGUGGAUUCGUGGACUCAUUUCUCAAGAAGGUGGUCCCAAUGUCCUUGAUGCUAGUGGCGGCGGUGCUGGAAUCCUGGCCUGGAGAGAUACUAUUCGAGCCGAGUGGGAGAGUAUGGUGCCCGAUCAUCCCGAGGGAGAUCCUAUCCCAUACGGUCGAUCAACUGUUCUGACAGCCGCGGAUACGCUGCGCUUACGUGCGAGCGCAAUUCUCGACAACACUACUUUCCUCCCCGCUCCUAAGCGAAAGCAGUUUGACGUGAUUAUCGCGCCGCACUCUCUUCUUAACUUCGACGAAGAAUACGAGCGCAAGCACUUUGUCCAGAACCUUUGGGCCAUGCUCAACCCCAAUGGGGGUAUUUUGAUUCUGCUCGAGAAGGGUCGCCAAAAGGGCUUUGAGGCGAUUGCUAGCGCCCAAUCUCCCGAAGACGGCAUAACCACGAUCAAAGAGCCCGGUAUGAUCAUUGCGCCCUGUACCAACCACUCAACAUGUCCCAUGCACAACACUUCCGGACCGACCAAGGGCCGCAGGGACUACUGCCAUUUCGAACAGCGGUACAUCCGUCCGGAUUUCCUGCAGCGCAUCAUGGGCGCUAAGGAUCGCAACCACGAAGAUCUCAAAUUCAGUUAUCUCGCCGUACAACGAGGCAAGGAUAUGCGCCAAGAGCGCGGUAUUCGCCAGGAUGCCGAGGCAACAGACGCUGCAUUCGAAGGAUUCGAACAUCGAAGCGGAUCAUUGCCGGAUGUCCAGCCUCUCGCUCUUCCACGCGCAGUCUAUCCGCCCAUGAAACGCCGCGGUCACGUCAUUUUCGAUCUUUGCACGCCGGCCGGCAAGAUCGAGCGCUGGACUGUCCCGCGCUCUUACAGUCGCCAGGCCUACCGUGACGCCCGCAAGUCUCGCUGGGGAGACCUAUGGGCUCUCGGAGCGAAGACCCGCGUUCCGCGCAAUCUGAAUCUCGGCGACAAACACGGCGAGGGUAAGAAAGAGCGUCUCGCUCGGCGGGCAGCAGACAAGGCUGCGGCACGUGAAGCCGACGAAGAGGGCGAUAUGGAUGAACAUGCCCGCGACGACGAAGAAGAGGAAGACAUAGAGUCAGCAAAUGGCAGACGAGAUCGAUCUGCGCUCCCUGAGAUCCCAAUGCGGAAAAAGGGCCAGAAUAUCCCGAGCUGGAAGAAACAUGCGGACAAGAAGAGGAUUCGACUGGCCGUGAGAAAGCAAUCUGCGGCAGAUCUCUAA